AUGGCCACAACUACAGUUCAACGAGUAGCACGAUCUUUCCCUACCGUAGGGAAGCAGAUUUCUCGAGUGCCUAGGAUAUCGCGUCUUACAGUCCCAAAUCUUGCGAUUGGCUCCCACCCCGAGCACCUUCGUACUGUCCACCAAACCCUUCGGAGCGCUGGCGUUCUACAUAUUCAACUAGACUUCCCCGAUGAUGAAAGCAGAUAUCUCCAUGAACUGUUGUUGAAUUUGCAUCAACACCAUGGCCAUGGCCUACCAAUCACCCACAGUGCAAAUCGAGGUUGGAUGUGGGACAUUCGGCCCAGUCCCGAAAGCUUUCAGAGCAACAAUACUCAAGCUCGAUCUGAGACUAUGGAGGAAUUCCCCUGGCACACAGACUGCAGCUACGAGAGCUGUCCACCGCAAUACUUUGCUCUCCAAGUUCUCCAGCCAGACCGGUGUGGCGGCGGUACAUUAUCUGUCCUGAAUGUCGACGAAUUGCUCACCUUGCUCUCACCUUCCACCCUUGAGACGCUAUUCACCCCCAAUUUUCAGAUUACCGUCCCACCCGAGUUCGUCAAAAGUCAGGCCGAUACGCAGAUCAUCGGUGGCCUAUUGACAACUAGCCCCGGAACCAAAUCCAUCAAGCUCCGCUUCCGAGAGGAUAUUGUUAGGCCGCUCACAGAUCAGGCAUCAAAAGCGCUAGCGGAGCUGAAAUCAGUCCUGUUGGGGCCAACAGCCCGCUCUCGGAUACUCAACCUGAAAGCCGAGGACCUCCCGCGUGGGUCGAUCAUCUUAAUGGAUAAUGGACGCUGGCUCCACGCACGGAACGAGGUCAAGGACCCAAAUCGACAUCUGCGACGAGUGCGCUGGGACGCACGGCCAUUUGUCACCCCUUCUCCUGCUGCUCAGCUAGGUCUCUGA